CCCGCAGCCGGCUUGUCCCCGUCGCGGCCCGGGUGCUCGCCCCGACCCGCCUGAGCGGUGCAGAGCUCGCCAUGGCGGCCACGGACCUGGAGCGCUUCCCGAAUGCAGAGCCAGAGCCCCGGAGCCUCUCCCUGGGCGGCCACGUGGGCUUCGACAGCCUCCCUGACCAGCUGGUCAGCAAGUCGGUCACUCAGGGCUUCAGCUUCAACAUUCUCUGUGUGGGGGAGACUGGCAUUGGCAAGUCCACGCUGAUGAACACGCUCUUCAACACGACCUUCGAGACUGAGGAAGCCAAUCACCAUGAGGAGUGUGUGCACUUGCGGCCCCAGACCUACGACCUCCAAGAGAGCAACGUGCAGCUCAAGCUGACCAUCGUGGAUGCUGUGGGCUUCGGGGAUCAGAUCAAUAAAGAUGAGAGUUACAGGCCCAUAGUCGACUACAUCGAUGCGCAGUUUGAAAACUAUCUGCAGGAGGAGCUGAAGAUCCGCCGCUCGCUCUUUGACUACCACGACACGAGGAUCCACGUAUGCCUCUACUUCAUCACGCCCACAGGGCACUCCCUCAAGUCCCUCGAUCUGGUGACCAUGAAGAAACUAGACAGCAAGGUGAACAUCAUUCCCAUCAUCGCCAAGGCUGAUACCAUCUCCAAGAGUGAGCUCCACAAGUUCAAGAUCAAGAUCAUGGGCGAGCUGGUCAGCAAUGGAGUCCAGAUCUACCAGUUUCCCACUGAUGACGAGGCUGUUGCUGAGAUUAAUGCAGUCAUGAAUGCACACCUGCCCUUUGCCGUGGUGGGCAGCACUGAGGAGGUGAAGGUGGGCAACAAGCUGGUCCGAGCACGGCAGUACCCUUGGGGAGUGGUGCAGGUGGAGAACGAGAAUCACUGCGACUUCGUGAAGCUGCGGGAGAUGCUGAUCCGGGUGAACAUGGAGGACCUCCGCGAGCAGACCCACAGUCGGCACUACGAGCUCUACCGGCGCUGCAAGUUGGAGGAGAUGGGCUUCCAGGACAGCGACGGUGACAGCCAGCCCUUCAGCCUGCAGGAGACAUACGAGGCCAAGAGGAAGGAGUUCCUGAGUGAGCUGCAGAGGAAGGAGGAAGAAAUGAGGCAGAUGUUUGUCAACAAAGUGAAGGAGACAGAGCUGGAGUUGAAGGAGAAGGAAAGGGAGCUCCACGAGAAGUUUGAGCACCUUAAGCGGGUCCACCAGGAGGAGAAGCGCAAGGUGGAGGAAAAGCGCCGGGAACUGGAGGAGGAGACCAACGCCUUCAACCGCAGGAAGGAUGCGGUGGAGGCCCUGCAGUCUCAGGCCUUGCAUGCCACCUCGCAGCAGCCUCUGAGGAAGGACAAGGACAAGAAGAAUUAAUGCACGCACAGACUUACAUGUCAAGAGCGGACUUUAGACUUUCAUGUGUUAAGUUGCUUGAGUUACACCUUGUGACCCUUCUCCCAUAACAUGGUGUGAGGACGGACUGGGAGCCGGUACAGACUCCAGUGUUUACAGCCAUGCUUUGUCCCCCUCCCCAACCCCAGGCUGCCGGGGCCUGGGGGGGCUUCCCUCUCUAUGCAAACACGUCAAAGCCAUGAAUGCUGGAAUCCAAAACUGACGAGGUUUAUUUUUUUCAGAGCCAGUGGCUGGUCUUCCAUUUACAGUGUCACUAUUCCUUGACGGAGCAGUCAUGUGUCGCUCUAGCGAAGGCCCCAGGCUCGAUGCUCGGUGACUCACGCGGUGCCCUAGAUGUGGCCUCGUGGUCUGGUAUACAUGCUGCAAAGUUUGCCCGAUUCCCCUUCAUUUUAAUUUUUCUAACCUAGAGCUUAAUUUCAAUAAUAACUUUUAAAACACUUCUAAAUUUUUAUUUUGGCACAAGCGUAAAGAGAAAUAAUAUCCUCUCCCAUUAUUUUCAUAAGUAACACAGAUUUCCCGAUUUUUAAAAACUAAAAAUAUCUCUAAACCUUUCUUAUGUAUAAAGUAUCCCUAUAAUACAUAGGGAGAGGUGGGUAAUAAACAUCCUGUAAUGAGAGUGUUUGGAAUUUCUUUACGGAUGAAAGUGGAACAUGAACAAGGCCACGACCAAUGUUUUCACUGUGAAUGUAAAUGGAACAGCAGCCCAAUGCCAUUGUCUGUGUGCCCCAGAGGUGCUACCUGUAAACAGGGACCAACUUCACGUGUGUGUUAAGUGUUUCACUCCAACUGACACCCCCAAGCCAAUCCUGCAUAUUCCAAGUACAAAGAGUGCUCAGCCAGGAAAAGGUUUUUAUCUCGAUCAAGGUCAUUGUUUCCUUUUUCCUGGCAGAGUCACAGGGCAAAGAGAUGAAGGUGUCUGAUGUCUGUGAACAAUUUAAGAAAAAACGAUCAGCAAAGGAGCUUUUCCUCUUCAGCUGCAUUCUGAAGGGGAAUAUUUUAAGAAAGUACUAGCGGUAUUGAUUCUUUGAUAUUCCCCUUGGUUUGCAAGCCAUUAAGAGUAUCAAGGUUGAAAAUAUCGCCUGAAAAAAUGGGAGAUGAAAAACAAAUAGAUGAAAGGAAGGAUUUCAUUUAAUGUUGAUGAAGCACUGUGCAGGGCACAAGCCACCAGAGUAAUGCGCAGCCCUGCCCUCAGGGAGCUCACAGUCUUGUGCACUCCCUGUUGGAAGCCUUAGCAAGCUGUCCUGAUAUAUUGCUGGAUCGGUGGUUUGUUUUUUGUGUCCUUCAUCUUCCCUCCCAUCACCGUUUCCCUCUUUCUGCCUUGGCCUGUCUUAUUGAUUUCCAGGACCAAGUUCUGGCUUCCUCUUGCCCUUCUGAGAUGAUGUUCCAUUCAGAGUGGGGUGGAGAGGUGAGCUGUAUGUGUCCACUGAGGCACAGGCAGAAAAAGGCAGCCUUUUUCUCCUCACCAGGAGCAGAGCAUGUUUUACUGAUGCUCCAAGUGUUAUGCUAAGACCAAAGGUGGAUACAGAUUUUGAGAGGCAAGAAGCUUGAACUGUUUGAGAAGCCUUCUUCAAGAAAAAGAAUAUGAAUAUAAAAUUAGGUAUAGGGCCUUGGAAGGGGCUCUGAGGAUUAAGCUUUGUUAGCUUCACAGCAAAUCCACCUCUGGUUAGGCCGAUAACCGAUGCUCCAGUGUGGGCAUCCAGAAGGGUAACUCGGCAUGUCUGAGGCAGAUUGGACUACAAGUGGCUUGUCUGUAGGGAAGUUAUGUCUGAAAGUAUAUUCAGUUGGGUGAAAGUAUGACCUUUAAGAUAGCUUGUCAGCUAAUGUAUUUCUGAAGAUGAGGCUCAGUGACCCGGUGGGUUCAUUGGUUAUAUAAAAAAUGAGGACUCCUGGUUCAUGGGCCAAUCUGGGGAUUCUGGAGUGGGCAGAUUCUGCCACUUGUCUAUGGCAGCCUAGAGGCUGCACCCCAGGCAUCCUGGAAGGCCAGAAUUGUGGCUGGUUACCUGCCUUCAGGCCUGUGGCUUCCCAGCAUCUCUGGGGAGACCUGUCGUUGCAUUUUUUGGGGUCUGAGCUACCUUCACAGGUCCCAUCAGCUUUAGUGAGCUGCACUGCACUUCUUUCCCCAUGCUAUUUGCGUUUGGAAUUUUGUUAUCUUUAGCUGAGACCGAAUUAAUCCUUGGUGCACAAGGUGAGCUUAAAACCUGCCAUUCUUUAACAAGCCACCCCUCAUGGAAUGUGACCCCUGUCUGCAGGAUCUGAUUUGCCCCUCCUUUGCUUUCUCAGCAUCAUCUGUUGGCAAUGUUAGGGCUGUCAGUGGGAUCAUGCUGGCAUUUACUAUCAUGUCUUUCAUGAAUCAAGUUGGUUUUGGGUAGAAUCACCAUAUAAUUUAUUGUCCAAACUGAGACUUUUGAAAGGAGAUGCUGUUAAUAAUUAUGCCAGAUUAACAGGCAUAACCCAGAACUGUCUCAGGCAAACCAGGUUGUAUGGUCACCCUAGUUAUGGGUAACCUGAGUCUAUGUGGUUUGUAAUUGUGCAGACUGACUGCCUAUACGUUUGUGUGUGUCUAUGUGUGGGUUCCCUGUUAAGUGGGGCUCAUAUUACUGGAUCAGAGGCCCGACAGAAGUGUGGCUUGCUAGUCUGUUACGUUAACAUGCUUUUCUAAAACUGCUUCACUUGUUAAUUCAUUUACUCCUUCAUUCAUUGACUGUUUUUGUUCCUUUCCAUUCACUUUGUACUCAUUUUUUUUUUCAUUAAAUUUUGCAUUUAUUUUGA